AUGUCGAGUGGGAUGAAGGAGCUCCCCAUCCGGAAUGGCUAUCCCGAACUUGCCAAAAUCAUGGGGUCGGUUCCUGGAAUGGCCCUAUUCAAACGCUUCUCCUCAUUGAGCGCGCACAACCUUCUGUACAAGCAAGCGGAACUGUUACAUCUCGGGGAAAGACUUCAACAAAUGGAUAGACUUGACCGCAGUAAUGGACUAGCCUUCCAUAAGGAUGCAUCCGCCUUCAUGCGUUCGGCUGGUGAUCCGGGUGUCCAAGGCAGACAAGCACGCAUGAUGGCCGAAAUAGGUGAGAAGCUGAAGGAGUAUCAUGAAACUCUGCUCCGACACGUACAAGUCAGCAAGCUGGAACGAGCCAAUGGCUACGACCUCAACAUGCUCAGGGACUGGCUCUUGCGGUGCAAUGGAGACGGCAUAUUUCCAGAGGGCAUCGAGGCAAGGCCGUGGGAGAACGACGAAGAAGAGCAGGAGGACCUCGUUGCUCUUUCGAGCCGGAACCAUGACGUCUGUACAAAGUGGGUGGCGGAGAAGGUGGUGCCGUGGCUGUACGAUUGA